UCGUUACGCGCAACUAAUAGCCGGUACCGGAUGUGAGUGCGCGGUUCCUCACAACAAACAUAUCCAGAAUGCGGUUAUGUUGGCCUUGGCACGAGUAAAUGUUUGCAUAGGUCGCAACGUUAUGUGAUUCCACAUUAUGGCAGAGACGGUAAAUAAUGAGAGUGUUGCGAACAUUGAUGAUAACGCGACUGGAGGCAUGUCUGAUGAAGAGCUUCCUGGAGAUAUUUCCGACGGAGAACUUCCUGGGGACUUACAUGAGAUCGUGUCUGUGAAAACAGAGGACAGUGUUCUGCGAGAGGUAUCUGAGCGCAUUAAAUGUGCCGUAAGCUCAAACAACCAGCCCUUGGUAGGAAAACAAGAAGCUGAUGCAAGAUCGGAGAUUAGAGAAAGUAGGGAAAUUGAUGUCAAGAAGGAUCACAGAGCGGAAUUGCAAAAGCAAGUUGAAAUUGGUGAAAUUACACCUUUCGAGGCAAUAUUCAAUCAGUCUGCUUUAGAGAAAGAAGGCUCAAAAUCAGGUGCUCAGCUGCUAGAUCUUGAAAAAUAUUUUAAACAGCAAGCUGCUCUUGCUGAACAGAAAAGAAAAUUGAAAAGCAUCCCUAAGGAAAAGGACAAUGAGAUACCAAACAAGAAACCAAAGCUGCCUAGUGCCGAGGCAAAAAUACAUAAGAGAUCUCACAAAUCCUCCAGAUAUGUCAAAAAUACUAAAGAUAAUUGCUUGCAAAAUGUAAAUGAUACAGAUUCCUCAAAUAUGAUACAUGAGAUUUUGGACAACAGUUCAGAAAGUGAAUAUGUUCCCAGUGACAAUGAAGUAGGAUCAGAUGCAGAUGACAAAAUAUUGUCUAAAGGAAAGAAAGUCUCAGUAAAAUCAGGAGUCAAACGUACAAGAAAAACUCGAGAUGACGGGGACAAUCGAGUGUUUAAGGAAAGAAUGGCAACGAGCAGUUAUCCCAAAGAUGAGGCAAUGCAUAAACUUGAUAAUUUGUUUAAAGUGCCCCAAAGUAUUUGGAAAAGGUUGUACAGGUAUCAGAAGGUUGCAGUUCGGUGGCUAUGGGAAUUGCAUGGGCGUAAGUUGGGCGGUUUGCUGGGCGAUGAAAUGGGUUUAGGAAAAACUGUACAAGUUAUCGCUUUCCUCGCAGGCAUAGACUGCAGCGAAUUGCUUUCUCAUAAUGGAAGAUAUAGGAGUUUGGGCCCGACUAUAAUCGUAUGUCCUGCUACUUUAAUGGAGCAAUGGGUGAAACAUUUUCACGAAUGGUGGCCUUUCAUCAGAGUAGUUGUGCUUCAUCAUUCUGGCGGUUACAAAGGUGAUCCGGAAAGUCUGAUAGAAUCUCUGCAAACCGGCGGAAUACUCAUCACUUCAUACAAUGGCGUUCUCAAACAUGAGGAUUUGAUCAUAUCUAGCCAGUGGCAUUAUGUUAUCCUCGACGAAGGUCAUACGAUUCGUAAUCCGCAAGCGAAGAUGAGCCGAGCUGUGAAGCGACUCCAGACACCGCAUCGGCUACUGUUGACCGGCAGUCCGAUGCAAAACUCACUGAAGGAACUAUGGUCUCUGUUCGACUUCAUUCUGCCCGGCAAACUUGGCACUCUGCCCGUGUUCUUGGAGCAUUGCGCAGCACCGAUCACACGUGGCGGUUACGUCAAUGCGACGCCGCUACAGGAAGCUACUGCCCUGCAUGUAGCUACUAUGCUGAAGAAUACCAUUACUCCGUACAUGCUCAGGAGAACGAAAACGGACGUAAAGCAUCAUCUCACUCUUCCCGAAAAGAACGAACAGGUGUUAUUUUGCAGUUUAACGGACGAACAGAAGAAGUUGUAUAAAAAGUAUCUGUGCUCCGAGGACGUAUCCUUCAUCUUGCAUGAGAAAAAUAAUUAUCACGAGAGCGGGAGAUACAGGGCGAGGUUUCUUAUCGCGUUGUCGGCGCUACGAAAGAUAUGCAAUCAUCCAGACUUGUUCUUAUAUACGAGACAGCUUGAUUCGGAGGAAGACAUUGAUCUAUCCGAGGAACUAUUGGAGAAGUUUGGCUAUUGGAAACGAGCUGGGAAGAUGACGGUUGUUCGGUCUCUUUUAAAAAUUUGGCAGAAGCAAGGGCACAGAGUGUUACUUUUCACUCAGGGAAAGCAGAUGAUGCAUAUUUUGGAAUCUUUGCUGCAACGCGAAGGUUUCACCUACCUGAAACUAGACGGUGCGACAGUGAUGUCUCAACGACAGCAAGUGAUACAAACGUUUAACAAUAACCCUUCGUAUUUUGUCUUUCUGCUGACGACGCGCGUAGGAGGUCUGGGAUUAAAUCUGACCGGUGCCAAUCGUGUGAUCAUUUACGACCCUGACUGGAAUCCAGCGACGGACGCUCAAGCGAGGGCGCGUGCUUGGAGGAUAGGCCAGAAUAAGCAAGUCACCAUAUAUAGAUUGAUCACCGCCGGCACUAUCGAAGAGAAGAUGUACCACAGGCAGAUUUUCAAACUACUGUUGUCGAAUAAGGUUCUCGACGAGCCUCGUCAGCGCAGACUGUUCAGGACGUCGGAUCUAGUGGAGCUGUUUAAUCUGAACGAACCGAUAAAUGGCGAGGCUUCCGAGUCCGAUUACUUGUUCCGAGAAUCCAAACUGACACCCGCGACUAGUGGCUUUUCUCUCAAGAAGAUCGAGGAGAUGAGGAAACUGGCUUCGGCCCUUAGUAAGAAGAUAAGUGCGACGAAUAGUGUAUCCAAGCCGACGCGCGACGAAGGUGAGGAAGCAAGCGAUGGUGGGCGCAAACACGAUGAGAAGAAUAAUAAUCUGAGAUGCAACGAGGCUCCCGUCGCGGAGGACGAGUCGUCUGAGAAUCAAACGUUGCGCUCUCAGCGAGUUAGCACGCAAGAUUCACCGGGCGAAGACGUGAAUUUGAUCGCCGGCUUAGACGGAGAGAGAAGAAGCGGCGGCGAUGCAGAGGCCAACGAUAUAUCCAAGGACGAGCAGCUAGACUUAAUCCCGAUGAAAACCGCGAACGACAAUCCCGCAGAGAAGGAAGAGAGCAAGUCGGUUUUGAGCGGCGACAAGAUCGAGUCGUCGCGCAAACGCAAGAGAAACAAGAAGAAAGAAAGAAAGAAUGUCUCCGCGAUGUUCGAGGGUGAACGAGUCUCCUGUUUGAUCGGUCGUCGCCUGGGUCGUUCCGACGAUAGAGAACAGUCUGUCUCGAGCACGGACGAUGACUACGUACUCAGGAAGUUAUUCGCCAAAUCGACCGUCAGCUCGGCAUUCGGGCACGAAGCAGUACUGUCGAACGCGUGUUACGGCGACAACGAGAACACGAUGCAACGUUUCGCGCGCGAAUCUGCACAAGAGAGCAUGGACUUCGUGCGUCAAUCCGGGAGAAUGUGUUGGAGACCGGCGUAGGAUACAAAAUUAUAUAUUUAUUGACAAGAGCUUUUUUGGGGGGGACAAUACGUCUCUCUAUUUAUUUUCUUUCUCUUCUGUACUUUAUUUAUUUAUAAAAAAAAAGUACACGUUUCGCGACAUUUACGUCGCAAAGAAGGCUGUGAAACACAAGGAAAGAAAAGCCACGAGUACGUGGUAUAAGAGAGAAGUUUGUGUAUACUUUUUUUUUUUACUUUUUUAAAUAAUGUGUACAUUCGUAUUGUAGGCGCAUGUAUUGUAAAAUGUAACUUGCUUAUUUUGGUAAUAAAUAACUUUCUUCAUA